UGCGCAUACGCGAAAACGCGACUUUGCGACAACACUGCUGCAGGGGAGGUCCUUUAUUGCCACGAGUGGAAAUGGCCGACGCGAAAAAGGAAACCUCCAAGGAAACCGCUCCAGCACCUGCUGCGCCAGCAGACGCUGGAGCUAAAAAGCUGCCUGCGGUUCCAGAGUCGGUGUUGAAACGAAGGAAGGCCCGCGAGGCGGUAAAAGCUGCGAGAUUAAAGAUCUCAAUCAAGAAUCGUGCAGCUCAAUAUAAGAAAAGGAAAGCGAUCUUCAAACGCGCCGAGAAAUAUGUAAAAGAAUACAGACAAAAAGAAAGAGACGAGAUCAAGCUGAACCGCAUGGCUAGGCUUCGUGGAAAUUAUUAUAUUCCUGGCGAAGCACGACUCGCCUUUGUUAUUCGAAUUCGCGGUAUAAAUCAAGUUGCGCCAAAAGUCAGGAAAGUGUUGCAACUGUUCCGCCUGAAACAGAUCAACAACGGCGUGUUUAUCAAAUUGAACAAAGCUACGAUUAAUAUGCUUCGUAUCAUCGAGCCCUACGUCACGUGGGGAUAUCCUAACUUGAAGUCGGUACGCGAAUUGAUCUACAAGCGCGGUUUUGCCAAGAUAAAUAGACAGCGUAUUCCAAUUACCAGCAACUCUAUCAUUGAAAAAAAGCUUGGUAAAUCUAAUAUUAUAUGUACCGAGGAUUUGAUUCACGAAAUAUUCACCGUUGGGCCAAGGUUCAAGUACGCCAGCAAUUUCCUGUGGCCUUUCAAACUCAAUACACCAACCGGUGGCUGGCGUAAGAAGACCAACCAUUACGUAGAAGGAGGUGAUUUUGGAAAUCGAGAAGAUAAAAUUAACGAACUUCUUAGAAGGAUGGUGUAAAUUCAUGAAAUUUUCAAAUAAAUAUUCUAUCCAAAAUGAAA